CCACUCGUCGCGUGCGUUUGUGUAUGAUUUUUUUUUUUUUUUUUUUUUGUUUUCCCCGCGUACGCGUUCAUUUUUCGAUCGGUGUUCGCCGGGGCGCGAGUGCACUCGAAAAUUCCCCCCGGACGGAGCCCGCUACUGCUGGUGAACACGACAGUCGGGUGUCCCGCGUUCGUGGACUGUCGGUCAUAAAUGUGUCCGCCGGCGAGUGAGAAGGAGGAGUAAAAACAAUACACUGCACAUAGUUCUCCGCCGAAAUCCGUUUUAUUUUUCCUCGCCGGGACGCGGCGCGUGUGCGGACCGUCGUCGUGCGUAAGUCGCAGGACACAUACGAUUUAUCAUACAGCGACGUCCGCGUAUUAUAGGUAUUAUAGGUCUUAGAAAGAUUAAAAACCAAAGAUCUGAGCUAAAGGUCUUUACCUCGAGAACAAUCGCCGUCGCUCGGACAUGUCCAGCCGGACAACGUGAUCAUCGGUUAUCCUGGGUGGAGCGCCCGCUGCUUCCGAGACCUACAGCCAACUGUUUAUAUAGCUGCCACCACCGCCACUACCACAAGACUUGGCUGACGCAUAGAGAUGUUGAUGGAUUAAUUAAGAUCUCGAUGGUGUGUGAUGACAGGUUAGUCAUCAGUUCGUAGACUAUAAUGCAGGGUAUACGUUGGUUGACGGCUAUCUGCCACUGACGAGAAAAGUCUUGACGCAAUUAUGGGUGUGUUGAUAUGGGUAUUGGUGAGCACAGUGAUUUUGGCCGAGUGCGCGGCGUCCUCAGUACAAUCCUCAAACCGUACGGUGCGGUUUGCAGUUAUAGCACCAUUGAAAGCAUCCAAGAACGAAGAGACGUUGGGCGCCAUUCUGCCUUCUGUAUACUUGGCUAGAGAAGCAAUCGCACAGUCCAAAGGACCGUUGCCAGGAUGGGAUAUAAAAAUCGAAUUUCGGGAUGGAAACUGUUCAUCUACCGAUGGUCCAUUGGCAGCAUUUGAAUUACAUACUUACAGCGAUGUGUUCCUGGGACCGGUGUGCGAUUACGUGAUCGCUCCCGUGUCGCGUUACGCGGGCAAGUGGAAGAUACCGGUGCUGACGGCGGGUGCGCUGGCCGAGAACUUCGACAACCGUUCCGAGUAUCCGACGCUAACCAGGAUGAUGGGCUCGUACAAGUUGGUAGGGGAGGCGCUCCGGCACAUACUGCACGUAUUCGGCUGGAACGUGGCUGGUUUGCUGUACUACAAUCACGGGCUCAAUUCGCUUAUGGGAAACUCAAAGUGUUAUUUCACGCUGUCAUCCGUGUUUUUCGCGCUGGGCUUGAAGCCCGUGUACAAGAGCUUUAACGACACCGACAGUAGAGACUCAUUCAAGACUUUGCUCACCGAAUUAUCGCACAACGCACGAAUUAUGGUGGUGUGUGCCAAUCCGUUAACAGUCAGGGAAAUACUGUUGGCCGCUGAAGAACUCAACAUGAUUGAUAGUGGAGAAUACGUGUUUUUCAACAUUGAGCUAUUCAGCAGCCUGAACAACGGAUCCUUAACACCAUGGUACGUGGGCAACGAUACAGCAGAGCGAAACGAGCGGGCGAAAAAAGCGUACAGCGCACUGCUUACGGUGACGGCACGUACGCCUAACAACGAGGCGUAUCGCAACUUUUCUGUCGAGGUAAAACACGUGGCCGAGAAAAAAUACAACUACACUUUUGGCAACGAAUCUGUUUCCACGUUCGUAACAGCAUUUUACGAUGCGGUGUUACUGUAUGGGCUGGCGCUUAACGAGACGCUAGCGAGGGGUGGGAACCAGUCCGACGGGAUGGCCAUCGUCAAAGCUAUGUGGAACAAGACGUUUACCGGCAUCACCGGCGACGUCAAUAUCGACGCGAACGGCGAUCGGAUCGCCGACUAUUCGCUGCUCGACAUGGACCCGACGACAUACGAAUUCAAGAUAGUGGCGAACUAUAUUGGAAAAAAUCAAUCGUUAGAGUACGUGCCGGGCAUGAGCAUCCAUUGGGCCGGUGGAAGAACAAGCCCACCACCGGAUAUACCAAGCUGUGGAUUUGACAAUUCUCUUUGCAAAACAAUGCCUAUUUAUGCAACACUCAGUAUAGUUCUCAGUUCAGCUGUAGUGGUCCUCAUAGUAGUUGCAUUUCUAAUAUACAGACAUUAUAAGCUUGAAGCUGCAAUUGCAUCCAUGACGUGGAAAAUUAAUUGCAAUGACAUAAGAAUGCCGCAGGAAAAAUGUAGAACGAGCUCGACAAGUAUCAAUAGAAGAAACAGCCAAAGGACCGUCAUAUCAGAUGACCUCAUGAGCCUUAUGAGUCAAUGUGAAUAUGGACGCCAAAUAUUCAUUCAAACAGCAUUUUAUAAAGGUAAUAAAGUUGCACUGAAAACACUAAAGAGAUCGCGCUUGGAGUUGACGCGUUCUCGCCUGCUGGAAUUAAAAAGGAUGAAAGAUUUGCAUCAUGAUCAUUUAGUACGAUUUUAUGGGGCGUGCAUAGAACCCAAUUACUGUUGGCUUCUGACCGAGUAUUGUCCCAAAGGAAGUUUACAAGACAUUCUUGAAAACGAUCAAUUUAAACUGGAUUGGAUGUUCCGGUACAGUCUGAUGCAUGAUAUUAUCAAAGGAAUGUGUUAUUUACAUAGUAGCGAACUCCGCUCUCAUGGUGGUCUCAAAUCUAGCAAUUGUGUGGUUGAUAGCAGGUUUGUUCUGAAAAUUGCAGACUUUGGUCUUAGAAGUCUUCGAAAUAGUCAUACAAAUGAAUCAAUAAGCGACAGUGAUUCUUAUGCUUACUGGAGAGGAUUUUUGUGGACUGCACCGGAACUUUUACGAAUCAGUGAUCCACCUGCUGAAGGUACGCCAAAAGGUGACGUCUAUUCGUUCGCCGUGAUCGUCCACGAGAUCGUCACUAGACAGGGUCCAUUUUAUCUUGGAGACGGCAAUUCGAUGACACCCAAAGAAAUCGUAGACAGCGUGAAGAGCAUAGAAAAAUGUCUAAGGCCAAGUGUAGCAGAUUUGAGCUGUGAAGAGGAAGUAGGUUUGUUAAUGAAACGAUGCUGGACCGAAGACCCGGCUGACAGACCUGAUUUUACCACACUAAAAACAGUUAUACGAAAAUUAAACAAGGACUACGAAAGCAACAAUAUUCUUGACAACUUGUUAUCUCGCAUGGAGCAGUAUGCCAACAAUUUAGAAGCGUUAGUCGAAGAAAGAACUGCAGACUAUUUGGAAGAAAAAAGAAAAUGUGAAGAACUACUGUAUCAAUUGCUUCCAAAGUCCGUUGCUAGUCAAUUGAUUUUGGGACAAUCUGUGGUGGCUGAAACUUAUGACAACGUAACGAUUUACUUCAGUGACAUCGUGGGUUUCACGUCUCUAAGCGCCGAAAGUACUCCACUUCAAGUAGUAGAUCUGCUCAACGAUCUUUACACGUGUUUCGAUUCUAUAAUAGAAAAUUUUGAUGUAUACAAGGUAGAGACCAUCGGCGAUGCGUACAUGGUUGUGUCUGGACUUCCGGUUCGCAAUGGAAACGCACACGCACGCGAGAUAGCUCGAAUGUCACUUGCUCUACGAUCAGCUGUUCACAGUUUCACUAUCAAACACAGACCAGACGAUCAACUUAAAUUGCGUAUCGGUAUGCACACUGGACCUUGUGUAACCGGAGUGGUCGGUCUCAAAAUGCCAAGAUACUGUUUAUUUGGAGACACGGUCAACACAGCCUCGAGAAUGGAAUCCUAUGGACAAGCGCUGAAAAUCCAUGUGAGUCCGCAAACAAAAGAAGUGCUCGACACGUUUGGCACGUUCGAUUUGGAACUCAGAGGUGAAAUCGAGAUGAAGGGCAAAGGAAAAGUGACGACGUACUGGCUGUUGGGCGAGAAAACUCCUACCACCGCAAUGGUCCCCGUAGUUCCGGUAAAACCGGUCGGAUCGUUUUCGAAAUUGCACACAACAAACAGCGUCGGGUCGUCGUCCACCAAGUCCGUGGCCAACAGCAUAGGCAACCACAAUAAUAUCAGCGCGUCCACGCCGCUUUUGCAAGGCGACAAUGGUUAAGAAGAUUCAUCCGAUUUAGUAUUUUUUGUUUAAAUUUUUUUUUUUAUAUACAUAUAAAUAAUUAUACUAUUAUAGUCACUCAGGAAAAAUAUCAAAUAAAAAAAAAAAACCAUCACCCUCUCCACUUCAAACUCUACACCACUCCCGAUCCACGCGCGUUUAUUCAAAUGGUAUUAUGUAUGCAAUACGCAUUUUCGUGUUUAUAGUACUGUAUAUAUAUGUAUCGUCUUCUGCAGUCUAGAACUUUCCUUCUCAGUCGCAAACCUCUCGCCGUUCAUCGUCGCGUUUCCGCACUCACUCGUAGUCUCGAUUUUCGUCACAGACACGUAGUAAUAGGUACACACGUAAGCGCGUCGCAGACUUUAAUAUAUAAUAACCGUAACAAUCAUAUCGUCUGCGGCCAAAGUCAACUACUCCAAUGGCAGACUGUUUAUUUAUAUAUAUAAGUCGCAGAUAAACUAAAAUCGAUGAUAAAAGCAUUUCGCCGUUGUCGCGUAUUGGGUUACGAUAUAGGUACCUACUCAGCAGUCAUAAGUCAACUCAUCUCUCACAACGAUGUGUAAAUAAUGUAUAUAAAUGUACCGACGGUGACUGUCUGCAAGCGAUCACCUUACACGAUAGCAACCGUCCAUACGAAAUUAUUGCCAACAGCUGAAAUGUCGUGAAAUAUACUACCACCAAAUAAAAUAUUGUGUUACGAUCGUCCCGCGACGAUAUGAUUGUUGUACGUAGCGCGCGAUCGGUCCGGUCAUACGAUACCUGUGCAGCUGCGACUGUUUAAUCAAUUGGUAUUGGUAUAUUUUCGUGUUAUAACAUCACGUCGAAAUAACGCGGUUGUGUGUACGACGGUGGAGGUGACGGCGGUGGGGUUAGUGUGAACGCGCGUGGGAUAUAACUAGCGCGUUGGUACUCGAUGAUGGUGGGGGGGGGGUGUAGUAAAGACAUUUUAUACCUAUAUAGUAUUGCGAUGCGAUAUUGUGGAUGUCUGACACGACACGGUGACGGACCCGCGUCCGCGACAGAACACCGAAAGACGGCGUGCGACCAGAGAGUGAUGACAAUAAUAUUAUUAAUGCGCUCUUUAAUUUCCACUCCCCCUCAAAAAUUUUAACCGACGAAUUCGCACGAGCACCGUUGUCGGGGUACCGCGGUGAACGGUUCGCCGCUGCGGCUGCGUUUUGCGUCUAAUGAUCGCGUAUUUUAUAAUCCACAAUAUCGCGUAAACCAGUCGAAAUUUUUCGCCCGAGAGACGCCUGGCUACAAUAAUUCCGCGUGUAAAUUACGCUUUAUAGUGUUUCAUAACCAUGGUAUCGGCCGGGCACGCGGGCGAGCGGUUAUAUAGUAUUAUGUUUCUUACGUGCGUAAAAAAUUGUCGACCCGGUAUGACGUCGGCGCGCCGUGCCGGUGUGAUCGGAGAGAAGAAUGAGCCGUAAUCGUAACAAUUUUGCCGCGCGAGCACACUCUCUCGGUUAAUAUUUCAUCAUUAGGUACCUGUCGUCGUCCGUCGUUGUAAUCCCGUUCGGAAUCGUAACCAUCCUGCCUAUAAAUUACGGUCAUAACUAUAUUAAUGUACGCCGACGACAAGCGACCGUGUGGGCACGUGCGCAUAAUACGUUUUUAGUAGGUAUAUAUUAUUAUACCUAUCUUGUCGCCGUGACGUCAAAUGUAUUUUAACCACUGCCGGAACACGCGACAAUCAUAUACAACGAUAUCACGUGAGAUCGACGGUGAUGGGGGAGAACUUUCCCCCCCCCCCCCGUUUUGGGCGUUGUAAUUGCCACAGUUUAUGAUAUAUUGUAUAUAAUAUUAGAAUUCGAUAGAUGUGCGCGAUCGGGCGAGGGAGGGAUUGUCCAACGACGGACUAUUCUGUUUUAUGACGACAUAUUAUUAUUACUGUUAUUGUUGUUAUUAUUAUUACUUCAUAGAUUUUAAUAUUUUCUCGUCGAGGCGUGCAAAAGUGUACAUCUCAUUCGUACUUAAAAGUAAUUUCUAUUCACAUUUUAUAAAACCAUUAUAAUAUUAUAUUGUAAAUCGAGUAGAUUAGAUUUUUAAUAAUAUUACAGGUGCUCCUGAUCUAUUAAUGCGUUCAAAUAUAUUGUAGACAAGUGAUACACAAUUACGACAAUACCGUGAUUUUGUUUCAAAAAACUAUGCAGAAAAACUAGUUAAAAAAGUCAAGUGUAGUUAAAAAUAUUUUUUUCCCGUGAAUGUAUGAUUAAAUUACACUUGUUAAUUA